AAGUGAAAUAUACUUUUCGUGUGAAGCGAAUAGAGGGAGAAAAGCGAAGCAGACAAGGUUUGACCGUUGAAGCGACAGGCAGCAAAUUGGUGAUUCUGAUAACCUGAAUAAAGUGAACCGUGAAAGUAAAGUUAAGAAGUGUAAUUAUUUAUUGUGAAAGAGUGACCACUACAUCUGGCGACGAGCGAUAGUCUGAACCUGCGGAAAAAAAUGGAAGAAAGUCGUCCUUUGCCAAUGUUCAGGUGUGAACAGAUUGAAAGCGGCAGGCUGGCCAAAGAAUGGAUAGAAUGGAAGGGAGCGCUUGAAUAUUAUUUGGAGUCAUACCAGAUCAUUGACCAGAAGAUGAAACGGUCAAAGAUGCUGCAUUUGGGUGGCCCACAACUCCAGAAGGUUUUCAGGAGUCUGGAAGGCACUGGAAAUUUUCCCGUAAUAUUGCUUGAAAAACCGUGGUAUGACCUUGCUAUAGAGCGGCUGGAUGCUUAUUUCAAGCCUCGCAAGCAAGACGUUUUGGAGAGGUACAAAUUGCGAAACAUGAAACAAGGUUCAAAUGAACGCUUCUCGCAUUUUGUUUUACGUCUACGGCAGCAGCUCUUGGACUGCGGUCUUGAAAAAUACCCCCAAGAUGUACGAAGCAGUGUAGAAGAUAUGAUGCUUAUCGACGUAAUAGUAGAAGGUUGUAUCUCGCCCGAAUUGCGCCGUAAAAUCCUGGAAAAAGAUCAAUCACUCUCUGAGAUUGAAUCAUUGGGAAGUUCGAUGGAAAGUGUAAGGGAACAGGAACUUGAAAUGAAGAGGCGUUCCAGUGAUGUUAUAAGCGAACUUGAUGUACGCAAGGUGGACAAUAUUCCGGCUGACAGAGCCGCUCGAAAGCAACAACGUAUCGUAAAACGAUUCGUGAGCAAACCUUCUCCCAGGGAACAAGGGAAUGGCUUAAAGGUUAUAUGCUAUGCGUGCGGCAAAUUAGGUCACAUAUCAAGAGACCUGGCGUGCCCAGCCAAGGGCCAACAGUGUCGAAGGUGCCAAAUUUUUGGUCACUUCGAAAAGGUUUGUCGGAAACGCGGUAGUUCGGUAGUUCGAGACAACAGCCUUACGAAGAAAGUUCGAACUGUCUGCAAUGAGUCGACGUCUACCCCAGCCAAGGAGGAUGCCUCCAACGACGUUGUCGACCAGAAGAUCUACUACACAUUUCACACGGGAAAUGAAUCGAACCUGUUGAAAUGUGAUGUGGGCGGGGUCCUCAUCGAUGUGAUCAUAGAUUCCGGAUCCGAUGCAAAUCUUGUCUCUGCCGCUACUUGGGAGAUGAUGAAAGCUAAAUGCGUCGUAGUUCAGAAGUGCACCAAGGGUAGUCACAAGAUUCUGAAGGCGUAUGGCAGCGAGGCACCGUUAAACUUAUUGGGUUCGUUCGAAGCUAUGGUUAAAUUGGGAACACGAUCUGUAUCCGCCGAAUUUUUCGUUGUUGAAAAGGGCCAGCGGAACAUUCUUGGCGAUUCCACUUCUAAGCUACUAGGAGUGUUGAAAGUCGGCGUUGAUGUAAAUCAAGUUGAAGUUCCAACCCCUUUCCCGAAAAUUAAGGAUGUACAAGUACGAAUCAAAAUGGAUCCAUCCGCCGUUCCAGUAUUCCAACCACUAAGAAGAAUACCAAUAGCGCUAGAACAUGCUGUCAACAAGAAACUAGAUGAACUGCUUGCAAAAGACAUCAUUGAGCCGAAAAGUGGUCCGGCAACAUGGGUGUCUCCUCUGGUUGUCGCAAAGAAGGCAAACGGUGAAAUUCGAUUGUGCGUAGACUUACGGCGAGUAAACCAAGCGGUAAUCAGAGAUCGACACCCAAUGCCGGUAAUCGAAGACGUGUUGGCGAAGAUUGGAAGAGGGAACAUAUGGAGCACACUGGACAUAAAAGAUGCUUUCUUUUUGCUGGAGCUGGACGAGGAAUCGAGAAACGUCACAACCUUUAUCUCUCAUAGAGGACUGUACCAAUUCAAACGCCUUCCGUUUGGUUUGGUCUCUGCUCCGGAGAUAUUCCAGCGCACUAUGGACGCUAUAUUGGCAGAUUGCGAAGGUGCCUACUGGUACCUAGAUGACGUUGAUGUGGAGGGCGGUACCGUCGAGGAACACGACAUGCGUCUCUCGAAGGUAUAA